AUGGUCAAUCAAGAUUUCAAGAACAUAGUGAUCAUUGGUGCUUCGGGUGCAGGACAUGCACUGGUUAAUGAGCUCAUCAGCACUCUUCCAGGGGGUUAUCGAAUACUAUUGGUUGACGCGUUGGAAUACUCAUUCUUCCCUGUUGCGGCGCUCAGAGCAGCUGUUGUUCCAGGAUGGGAAGAGAAGGUAGUCUUACCUCUUAAAACAUCUACUGUCUUCCCUUUUGGAUCGAUUCAUAAGGUGAUAGCUCCCAAUAAAGUUAUCGAGUUAAAGAAGGAUUCGAUCAUACUGGAAAAACCUUUUGAAGGAUCUACCGAAAUUUCAUUCUAUAAAGCUAUCAUAGCUACUGGAUCGAUCCAACCUUCACCGAUGCGACCUUCUGGAGACUGGCGUGAUAUCAACGAUUAUCUUAAAGCGCUUCGAAAGAGUCAAGAGGAAAUCAAGCGGGCUGAAAGUGUCGUAAUCGUCGGAGGAGGUACAGUUGGAGUUGAAUUUGCAGGAGAAGUAAGGGCUUUAUACCCCUCCAAAUCAAUCACUCUCAUCCACAAUCGAUCGACUCUCCUCACUCCUCUUACAGAGAGUCAACCAGAUGGUAAUAAAGAAAUACCAAAUUCAUAUAUAUCUCCACCUACUCAUUUGAAAUUGGCCAAAUCAUUAACUCAACUUGUGAAAAAACAAAAUAUAAACUUGAUAUUGGACGAUAAAGUUAUUAUCCCAUCCGAAGAAUCCAAUUCUACCAUUUCCAAUUCGAAUUCAGAUUCUGAAGAAUGGAAUGGAUCAUUUGGUUCACAAGAUUCUCUUAGAGAUAUCAGAACGGAGAAUGGUCAAGUUGUCAAAGGAGAUUAUAUCUUUUUGAGCAUUGGUAAUAAACCGAAUUCCCAUUUAGUCCAAAUUGCCGAUAAGGAUGCAGUCGAGAGCAAAACCGGUUUGGUCAAAGUUGAUAAAUAUUUGAAAGUUCAAUCUGAUAUCCUUGGUCAUGAGGACUAUUACGCGAUCGGAGAUGUAUCAAACGUACCAGGGUUGAAAACUUUAUAUCUAGCUUUCCUCCAAGCUAAAUCAGCCGCUGUCAAUCUCGUAAACGAAAUCAAUCGUAAACCUUUGGUAGCUUACAACCCAGGUACUUUCGGUGGCUUAUUCGUCCCGUUCGGUCCUGAGUUAGGAGCAGCCUCCAUCACCAUCCCGUACCUCGGUACAUGGACGGUAGGUAGUGGUAUGGUGAGUAAGGUCAAGGGUAAGAAAUUGCUUUUGGACAAGUGGGUGGGGUCUUGGAAGGGAGAAGAGAAGGUUGAAAUACCUAUCUAA